GUAUAAAGCCCUCUGCGGCCGAGUUUCAGAAGAGUGGUCUCUGGUGUGGUGCAUCGUCUUCUUACAAAUAUCAGUCGUGAAGAUGACUGAAGUAGCGAGCUCAGUGAUCCACGAAGUGCUAGGGCGGAGAGCUCUGGAUGUGGAUCAGCCAAUCAUCGACUACAUCGUCAACGUCCUUGCCGAUGAUGACUUCGAUUUCGGCUUCCAAGGCGAAGGCGCCAUCGACGCCAUCGGAGAACUCCUCGUUGACUCCGGAUGCGUCUCCGAUGACGCUGAAUGCCGCUCUGUUUGCAGCAUACUAUGUGAAAAAUUUGGAAAGCAUGGAUUGGUUAAGCCAAAACCUGCUGUGCGAAGCCUUGCAGCGCCCUUGAGAAUGUUUGAUGGAAUGGAUGAAGAGGAAGUUCCAAAGAAGAAACCUGAGGUGACUGAUGGUCCAAUUCUAACUGAGCGUGACCGAGCAAAGCUUGAAAGGAGAAAGAGAAAGGAUGAGCGCCAAAGAGAGCAACAAUACCAAAUGCAUUUAGCUGAGAUGGAAGCUGCUAAAGCGGGAAUGCCUGUUGUGUGUGUAAACCAUGACAACAGUAGUGGACCAGCUAUCAAGGAUAUCCAUUUGGAGAACUUCAAUAUUUCCAUAGGUGGUCGCGAUCUCAUUGUAGAUGGUUCAGUCACACUCUCUUUUGGAAGGCACUAUGGCCUUGUAGGAAGAAAUGGUACUGGCAAAACAACUUUCCUUAGGUACAUGGCUAUGCAUGCUAUUGAUGGUAUUCCUAAGAACUGCCAGAUAUUACAUGUGGAGCAAGAAGUGGUUGGUGAUGACAUAUCAGCCUUGCAAUGUGUUCUUAACACUGAUAUUGAAAGAACCCAACUUUUGGAAGAAGAAGCUCACCUACUUGCGCAACAGCGAGAAUUGGAGUUUGAAGGUGCAACUGGAAAGAGUGAAGGGGAACUGAAUGGGGAUAUUGACAAAGAUGUUGUUGGAAAAAGGCUUGAAGAGAUAUACAAAAGGCUUGAGUUCAUUGAUGCAUACUCCGCUGAGUCGCGUGCAGGUUCCAUUCUUGCGGGUCUCAGUUUCUCUCCAGAAAUGCAGCAUAAAGCAACAAAAACCUUUUCUGGAGGAUGGCGAAUGCGAAUUGCUCUUGCCCGUGCACUGUUUAUAGAGCCUGAUUUAUUACUACUUGAUGAACCCACGAACCAUCUUGACCUUCAUGCUGUUUUAUGGCUGGAGACUUACCUGGUGAAAUGGCCAAAAACAGUUAUAGUUGUUUCUCAUGCUAGAGAAUUCUUGAACACGGUGGUCACUGAUAUUCUGCAUUUACAUGGGCAAAAAUUGAACUCUUACAAGGGGGAUUAUGAUACAUUUGAGAGGACACGAGAGGAACAGCUCAAGAAUCAACAGAAAGCAUUUGAGUCAAAUGAACGGGCUAGAUCCCAUAUGCAGUCUUUCAUCGAUAAGUUCCGAUACAAUGCCAAGCGGGCAGCUCUUGUACAGUCAAGAAUCAAGGCAUUGGAUCGGUUGGGUCAUGUGGAUGAGGUUAUUAAUGAUCCUGACUACAAAUUUGAGUUUCCAACUCCAGACGACAGACCAGGCCUCCCUAUAAUUAGUUUCAGUGAUGCAUCAUUUGGUUAUCCUGGGGGCCCCUUAUUAUUUAAGAAUUUGAAUUUUGGGAUAGAUCUAGACAGCCGCAUUGCAAUGGUUGGGCCAAAUGGCAUUGGUAAAUCAACUAUACUCAAAUUGAUUGCAGGGGAACUUCAACCAAGCUCUGGAACGGUAUUCCGUUCAGCCAAGGUUCGCAUUGCUGUGUUCAGUCAACACCAUGUUGAUGGCCUAGACCUAUCUUCAAAUCCCCUUUUGUAUAUGAUGCGCUGCUACCCAGGGGUGCCAGAACAGAAGCUCCGAGCUCAUUUAGGUUCAUUUGGUGUAACAGGAAAUCUUGCUCUUCAGCCCAUGUACACUUUAUCUGGUGGUCAGAAAAGCAGAGUUGCAUUUGCAAAAAUAACUUUCAAAAAACCUCACAUCAUACUUCUUGAUGAACCAUCAAAUCAUCUUGAUUUGGAUGCUGUGGAGGCACUGAUUCAAGGCCUUGUUCUGUUCCAAGGAGGCGUACUCAUGGUCAGUCACGAUGAGCAUUUGAUAUCUGGAAGUGUAGAGGAGCUGUGGGUGGUUUCCGAAGGAAAGGUUUCCCCUUUCCAUGGGACGUUCCACGAUUACAAGAAGAUACUUCAGUCAUCGUAGUAUAUGUUCCGGGAUUCAUUUUUCCUUUUGGGUGAAGCGGUGCCCCUUAGAAACUUUUGCCGGAAUUCCAAAACCAUGUGAGUCAUCACAGUACACAAGCAAAUACCGGAGCUUGCGCUGGUGAUUAAACGGGAAUACAUAUUCUUUUCAAAUGUUCUUCAGAAAAAUUAGGUGACCUGCCCUUUUAGGAAUGUGUAUCUCCACCACACUGCAUGAUUACGUUCGCAUCUUGUUUUUCCAAUUCAUAGGUGGGGCUUCUUUUUAUUUGUUUGGCCCUAGGCCCUUUGUGGGGCGUUCUUGAAUUUGUCAAUUCUCGCCUUUUUAUUAGGUGGACGCACCGAAUACAGCUGUUAUUUUGGUUUAAUUUCUUGAAUGGUUUGAGGGUUGGAGGGACGGAUGAUGAAUAAGGAUGACUUAAGCA